AUGCUUCUGUUGUACCCACCACUCUUACCUCCGCGUCCAUUCCUUGAGGAGCCCCGACUCGGCGCGUCGUCCCAGCCGUCCAAGUACCUCCCCACACAGCCUCCCAUGAUCCGCCGGCUGGGGCUCGUCUCCCAGCGGGCUACUAGCUCCUUUCCAAGGCACCUAUCACCAUCAUCACAGCAGCAGAGGAGGUGGUGGAGUGUGCAGGGGCAUUUCCCCGCAGUUCCCGGCGUAUAA